AUUGCCCUCACUCCCAGAGUGCUUUGCGGCUGUAAUGGCUGCUCCCAGCCGAUACGGGGCUGGUUUUGUUCGGUUGGUGUUAGGGGUCUGGCACCUGGGCCCUCGCGCUCCGAGGGAAUGGGAAGCCCCUCUCCAUUCACUCUUAGGCUGCCAAAAGAGGUUCUUGUCCUGUACGGUGGGCACCUCUUUCUCUGGUCCCCGCCUGGCUUCGGCCUCUCGAAGUUACAGCCAGGGCUCAGCCCUGGACCGCUUCCUCGGAUUCCCUCAGACCAACAAUUCGCCGACUCCUGGCGUCCCUGCAGUAUCCAUGUACAGAGUGGGUGGGAGGAUUUACCAUCUGAUGGGAAGUCCAGAUUCCACUGUGUCUCACUGCUCUUCCCACUCAAACACAGAUGAGCAAGACCUCCUAUUGGUCCGUCCCCCUGACAUGCCUGAGAAUCCCCGUGUCCUACGGGUGGUCUUCCUAGGAUCCCCAAAUGCAGGGAAAUCAACACUCUCCAACCAGCUUCUGGGCCGGCAAGUGUUCCCUGUCUCCAGGAAGGUACACACCACUCGCUGCCAAGCUCUGGGGGUCAUCACAGAGAAGGAGACCCAGCUGAUUCUCCUUGACACACCUGGCAUCAUCAGUUCUGCUAAACGGAAACGGCACCAUCUGGAGCUCUCUUUGUUGGAGGACCCUUGGAAGAGCAUGGAAUCUGCUAAUCUUGUUGUAGUUCUUGUGGAUGUCUCAGACAAGUGGACUCGGAACCAGCUCAGCCCACAGGUGCUUCAGUGCUUGACCCAGUUCUCCCAGGUCCCCAGCAUUCUUGUCUUGAACAAGGUGGAUUGCCUGAAGCAGAAGGCAGUUCUCCUGGAGCUCACAGCGGCCCUCACUGAAGGUGUGGUCAAUGGCAAGAAGCUGAAUGUGAGACAGGCCUUCCACUCACACCCUCGCACCCGUUGCCCUAGCCCGGCAGCUGAGGACCCAGAUACACAGUCUGUAAGAAGCCCACAAAGGAUUGGCUGGCCCCAUUUCCAGGAGGUCUUCAUGUUGUCAUCCCUAAGCCAAGAAGAUGUAAAGAUGCUAAAGCAAUACCUCCUGGCACAAGCCCAGCCAGGGCCCUGGGAGUUCCAUAGUGGAGUCCUCACUAGCCAGACACCUGAAGAGAUCUGCACCAACAAAAUCCGAGAGAAGCUCUUGGAGCACCUGCCUCAGGAGGUACCCUAUAAUGUGCAACAGAAGACAGUAGUGUGGGAAGAAGGACCAAGUGGGGAGCUGGUGAUCCAACAGAACCUUCUCGUGCCCAAAGAAUCUCAUGUGAGGCUCCUGAUUGGUCAGAAGGGCCAGAUGAUCUCCCAGAUUGCACAGGAGGUGGGUCGAGAUCUCAUGGAUAUCUUCCUCUGCGAUGUUCACAUCCGCCUCUGUGUGAAGCUCCUCAAGUGACCACCCUCUACUGCCCCUCCUGGGACGUAGUUCAAGCUCCUGGCAGGAGUCACCAGAACUUCCCUUUCCUCCUAGUGGGCCUGCAAGGCCUGGUAAAGGGAAUGGACACUAACCAGCUGCUGGCCGGUCCGGCCUUGCUGAAUCUGUACAGUCCCUGCCCAGCCACAUCUUUUGUUGGAAGAAGGAACCUACUUUAGCUCAGUUCCCAGGCAGUUCCUCUGUCUGGGGGCCUCAGUCAUGUAGGUCUCAGGAGGUGACCUCUGCCCUCAGUUGGCAUAGGGCCCAGAGUCUUGCCUUAAUUUGGCAGUUAGCAGGGAGCUCUUUCUCUUUUCUCACCACUUCCUUUCCUUAGCCCUGUAAAGGGUACCACCCACCUCCUCCUGCAAGUCCUUGACCCCUCCCACCCCAGUCCUCUGCCGACGUCAAUGAAGUUAAAAGACAACUGUU